ACAUUUGAACCUCAGAGCCGGGAGGUGAACCCGUGGGCUCGAGUCCCGGGUUCAAUCCACCCUACUUUUUACCUUACAGUACACCCUGCUUAACAGCAAACACAGCCCAAAGUUGAGUCCUCCGUUUCUCCAUUCCGUCCGUUGCCCCACCCUCUCACCGUCUUCCAACGCCAGCAGGCAGCAACAUUCCCCCUUCGCCCCCCCCAAAAAGCUUGAAGAUCUUAUCCAUGGCGUCUCCCCCAAAUCUCAUCAAGGGCUCUUUCAAACCCUCAGCGUUCACUUGCCCUUCUCAGAGACUCAAAUCCAAACAAUUCCAAGCUUCAACUUUACCCAAGCCAAAUGCCUGUUCAACGCGUCUAUGGACGACUCAGUUGAAAUUGGGAGCCCGCAGACGUGAAGUUGGGCUCUCUGCUUCGCCAGCUGCAGCCGAAGCGAUUGUUGCAGAUGCGGAGCAAGCAUCCACGGCUGAGGAAUCAACUUCUCCCUCUCUUCGGCAAAAAAAGAAGCUUGGAGUGGUGGUGAAGCCAAUAGAGAAGCCAAGGCUUGUAAUUAAGUUCAUUUGGAUGGAGAAGAACAUUGGGCUUGCGCUUGACCAAACGAUACCGUCCUAUGGUACCAUUCCUGUGAGUCCCUACUACUUUUGGCCUCGGAAAGAUGCUUGGGAAGAGCUCAAGGUAUUGCUGGAGAGCAAGCCCUGGAUAUCCCACAAGCAGAUGGUCAUUCUUCUUAAUCAGGCUACCGAUAUCAUCAAUUUGUGGCAGCAGAGUGGCGGAGAUUCUUCAUAAUUGUAAGAAAUUGUGUACUCUCAACAUUUCAGAAAAUAGUUCUACUGAAGAUUUAGUAUUCUGAUGUUGUAACAUUUUGGACUAGAGUUCUUUUUAAGGGCUUGUAUUGCUUCUAGCGUAUGUAUGUACGGCUAUGAGAUUUUCCUGAUGGUUUAAUGUAACAUAUUUAUUGAUCUUAGCUUGAAAA